AUGCCAUCCACAUUCCAAGUCGUCGAGCCACACCCACACGUCUCCAAGUACACCUACACGGGACGCGGUGGCGCGGGCAACACCGUCAAGGUGCCCAAGACCUCCGUGGGUGCCUCUGCCCGCGGCCCAGCAUCGCUCUUCGAAGACGGCCUCCCGGCCAGCAAAUCCAACUUCAGCAGCGGCCGCGGCGGAGCGGGAAACAUCCACAAGCCAUCCGAGCGCUGCGUCUUCUCCUUCGACGAGGAACUGGUGCUCCAGCAGACGCGCGAUGACCGGGCGAAGGCCGGCGAGAGCCACCACAUCGGUCGCGGAGGCGCGGGCAACUGGACCUCCAGCCGUCCCGAUCAUCAUCAUCAUCAUCAUCAUGAUCAUCAUCAGUCUUCCCGCAAGGACUCUGCGUCCUCCAUGGGCAGCAAUGGCUCUAUCCGCAGCGGGUUCUUGGGUCGUCUGAGCCUCCAUUCGGAGCGUCGCUAG